UCUGUGGCCUCCAGCUCAGUCCGCUUUCAAAAUAUCUCUCGAGUGAACUCAAAUUCGCAGAAAGCAUCACAGACCCACCGGCAUUAUUUGGCUGUAAAGUGCUCCCUUUGCCCUCAGCACUACACUGGAUGUCAGUAAUGAACCAUCAGCUUGCCUCCCCUCUCUGUUAUUAAAAGAUAAACUCUUAUCUCUUGUGAGCAGAUGGGUUUCCUUCAUGAUGAACGCACCGUAAGUGUGCUGUGUUACUGACACUGCUGUGUGAGUGAGUGACAAACUGUUACUUAAGCUUGAUGUCAGUUACGAAACAGGGAAACCUCGAGUACUGGAGGACUUUUCUAAUUCCCUUAAAUUCGGAUUUAACAUUGUUUGGACGAGAACAGACCACAAGUGAUGAAAUUUUAAGGAUGACCUGUGAACCAAGAUACAUUUUGGAAAUUUGUUUGACUCUAAAAGGUUUGUGUUGUUUUUUUUUUAACCAGAAAAAUAAGAAUUUUACUUUCACUUUUAUUACAACUCAGAGAUAUCUGCACUUGUUUGUAACAAAUCAACAUUUCAAUCACUUUAGUGUUUUGUUUAAUGCUAAAUUUAUAUCAUUUCAAAGCUGUAUGAAUAAGGAACUUUACAGAGUCAACACUUGCUGAUAGCUGCACUGUAAGCCUCUGUUAAAGGAUCCUCACUUGCCCCAUUUUAGUGCAAACUGAAGAUUAAAAGAAUAACCUCUCUGUGAUCCUGCAGGAUGCUCUCUGCUUUAAGCUCAGCUGUCCUCCUUCUUUUGUCCACAUCAAGUGUACUUGCUGCCGGUCAACCCUGCACAUGUUUAUCCCUCCUGUCGGCCGGCCUGCAAGUCAACUGCAGCUCCUUAAACCUCAUGGAGCUGCCUUAUCUGCCGGCUGACACCACAGAGGUUCAUGUGCGAGACAACCAGCUCACCUUUGUGUCCCCCGGCUGGUUUGACAGACUUGUAAGUCUAAAAAAGGUCUCGCUAUCCGGGAACCCUUUUCACUGUGACUGUAGGAUACAAUACCUGAGGGACUGGCUGUUCAAGAACAAGGAUAUCAUCUCUGAAGAGCCCAUCUGUUCCAGUCCGAGCUCUGUGGCUAAGAAACGUAUCUCUGACCUCAGUGAUGAUUACUUCUCUUCCUGUGCCUCAGAAAGCUAUACUGGUGGAUUUUUUGACACGCUGUUGGGAGUGAUGCUCUGCUGUGUCAUUGUCCUUCUUCUGUUGAGUUUGAGACUCGCCAAAGCGUCCACCUACACUUUGUUUAUUGAUGAGAGACACUCUGGAUUUGAGGCUGAUUCUCUACGCUCACUGAAGCCGAAACACAGACGGAGGCUUCACGCUGAUUCUCUAAAUUUUGUGAUGGAACUAGAAAAACCACGUCUCAAUAUGGAGCUGCUGCCUCAAGUACUGGACAUUUUGCACAAGAAGCACAAUAUAAAGAUAAAAGCAACCUGAGGGACCUCAUGAAAAAAACACUGUGUAAGCAAUUUUUUCUUUUCUGUUGAUGAAUUAAAGUCUUUUUAAAAACAAACAAUAUGUCUCCUGAUACUUCCUCUGAA